ACUUCGGUGUGUUCGAAGCAGUUGAACGUUCGAAUGCGCGCAAGUAUAGAAGUAGCCGAGAUAAUGGUGAGAUAAUGUCUAUUAAUCGCAACACAGAAUAACACGUUUUUUUUAUAUUAAUCAUAUAUGGUUUGGAAAAAAACCCGACAGUGAUCACGAUUUAAAUUCCUCUCUUCCGUAAAUCGUAUCCCUUACCAAGGGAUAAUGUUACGGAUGCAUUGCACGGGAAACUGCACGUGCUUUGUUAAAUUCGUAACACGACAGCUCGAGUAAUUAAACUGACAGAAAAAUGUCUGAAGGAAUGAAAGGAUCUAACACGAAAAAUUAAGCCGUCGAGUGGUUUGGGGCAUCGAUGCUCUUUCUUAAAUGGAAUGGAAGUCUGCAAUAGAGGGAACUUCAUCAAGCUGGAACAGAGACGGAGUUUGUUUAUCAUGUGCCUUAACUACCACGAUAAUGAUCUGCCUAUAGUACUAUUAUCAAUGUGAUUGGUGUAUCUUGCUGAAUGAAAGGGAAUCAUCAGCGUGUCAUGGAGGACGGUGGUCAAGUGCAUUCUAACACUCUUCUUGAAGAAACGUUUUACGUUACGUCGAAGAAGAACACGUACUACAAGGUGAGACUAACGGAGAAGGGUCUCAGCCUAGAGAAAGACAAUAAUGGUGCAACGAAGGUUGAAACGAUCGUUCUAAACGACAUAAUAGGGUGCAGAUGUAUGCGUUCGAAACGCAAAAGCGCGGGAAGCUGUGUCUGUGGGCCAGGUACUUCGAGGUCUCAAUUCAAGCUCGUCGAGUCUGCGGAAGCGUAUCAAUGCUACGACGAGUUUGACACCUCGGCCUAUCUCUAUAUUUAUGCUUACACGUUGAAGAAGGCACGCAUGAAAGGUGUGAAGAGGCGAGAAAGGACCACGAUCACGCUACGGUUUCGCAGUUUUGACAAGUACGAAGAUAAUUUACGAGAGGCCAGCAGGUGGCGAUUAGCUAUAAAAUGUCUCAUUGUUGGCGUGCCUGUGCCUAAAAGUUUCAUGAGCCCCAGUCACGAGAACCUUGAGUCGCUGAUUAGCGCGUGUCCAGGUGAGCAGCGAAAGAUUCUGGUGUUGCUGAAUCCAAAGUCCGGGCCGGGAAGGGGCCGGGAAACGUUCCAGAAGAGGAUCCAUCCGAUUCUAUCGGAAGCUGAGAGGCCUUACGAGGUUCACAUCACCAAGUGUCCCAAUUACGCGCGCGAGUUCGUGCGUACGAGGGACAUCUAUCAAUGGAGCGGGCUAUUGAUGGUCGGGGGCGACGGUAUCGUGUUCGAGGUAGUAAACGGGCUUUUUCAGAGGCCCGAUUGGGAGAAAGCUCUAAAGGAAUUACCCCUUGGCGUGAUACCAUGCGGUUCCGGCAACGGCCUGGCGAAAUCCAUCGCGUACGCUAAACAGGAACCGUACGAUUACAAUCCUCUUCUCGUGAGCGCGCUGUCCGUGGUGAAGUUCAAGAAAGCGCAGAUGGAUUUGGUACGGGUUGAGACGAGGAGUCAGAUUCUAUUUUCAUUUUUAUCGGUCGGCUGGGGCUUGCUCGCCGACAUUGACAUUGAGAGUGAACGUCUCCGUGCGAUAGGCGGUCAGAGAUUCACCGUAUGGACUAUUGCCCGGCUGAUAGGAUUGAGAACGUACAAAGGGAAAGUGUCUUAUUUACCUUGCGAUAAACUGCCGUCCGUGGAUAGUUUAGGUAAUGGAAAGACCUACAAUGAGUACGCGAAGGAAACACAGAUAUCGCAUUCAAGGAGUUGCGGUGACGAUCUAGAUCGGUACAGCAGAAUCAGUGAAUCAAAGAGCUUUCACGAUGCACUCGAUGGGGAUCCUGCUAUUUUGGACGGAUCGUUCGAUAGCUACGACGAUAACGAAAUAAUAAGUGAAAAUAUCACGUUGGAAACGGAAGCUGAGAGAAGACAAAGGCUAGACAGUUUCUACUCUGCGACAUCCGCGAAAUCAACUUACUUUAGCACGGGUUCAAUUUCUAGCUAUCAUAGCAUUGAGGAUCCUAACAACGGAGAUGUUGAUCCAGAAAACAAUAGUGAAGUUAUGUAUGGUCCAUCGUCGAGGCUGCCCGCCUUAACUUCUGAAGUACCAAAUUCUUGGACGCAAAUUGAAGGAGAGUUCAUUAUGGUGCAUGCGGCAUAUCAAUCUCAUUUGGGCCAAGAUUAUUUCUUUGCACCUCGUGCCAAAUUGGCGGACGGUAUUAUUUGGCUCAUGAUAGUGAAAGCCGGAAUUACUCGAGCCAAUUUGCUCCAGUUCCUGUUGGGUUUAAGUAAUGGCACCCAUGUAACACGUUCUGGCGUCGACAUGAUACCGGUAAAGGCGUUCCGAAUAGAACCAGAAGGAACCAACGGUUACAUUACAGUGGAUGGAGAAAAAGUAGAUUAUGGACCCUUACAAGCCGAGAUAUUUCCAUCUUUAGCGUCGGUAAUGUCUCCUUGAUACAAAUUAGUAUUACACCUCGUACGGAGUUAGCAAUGGAAAUCAAAUUGUACAAUCUUAAGUUCAAUAAGAUAUUAUAUUAUGGUAGCAUGGUCCUGGUGACAAUACUGUAUUAAUAUGUUCGAAUUCGCGAUACGUAAAUACAAUUUAGCUCAGAGAAUCGCGAUAGAUGUAUAUUCUAGACUGUGAAGUUAAAUCAUUCCAUCAAAUGUAUACGAGUACGUAUAAAUUAAUGAGAUCAAUGCAGCCAUAGUUUAUAUAAGCUCAAUUUGUUAUUUCGUAGAGGUUUAUUGUUUGUACGGGAUGAUCCGAUACUAUUGUUUGAAGCUUUAUGGAGUAUGUUUUAUACAUCACAAUAAACAUGCGUUAAGUCUUCUUCUUUCUUUCAUUUUAUUCUCUCGAAGCAGUUAUUCAGUACUAUUACAUUAUUAUAUGAUCAUGUUAACUGUAAUAAAAAUUAUUCUCGAUGCAUUUUUAACUACAUUCCUAAUUGCAUCUCAUAAAUUUGCAUUUAACGAAAAUUAAAAUUCUUUUAUAUAACAUGUUCAUUUUUCAAGAAAAGUCUAAAAAUUAAUGACUAUUUUCGUUUGUAUAACUGUAAAAAUUCUGUAAUUUAAUUCAUUUUUUAUACUUUCAAUCUACGGAUAUUACAAGUAUCUUAAAAAUAAAAGAGUGCAUAAAACUUCGAAUCAUCCCGUGACACCCUUCAAUAGUGCUGGUUAACUAGUGAUCAUUAAAUUUUAUUAGCUAGCCUAAAUCGUAAGUUUUUGAACUAUUUCCUAUAUGAUAUAAUGGGUGCAACUAUAAAAUGUUUCAUGGGGCUUUAUCCUAGUUAGCAAGUACUAUUGUUGAGCUUAGUAGCACAUUGAUCGAAUGAUAGACAGCUAAUCCUCGACUUACACAAAUACGUAUUGAUUAUGAAAUUUAGAUAUGAAUCGAAACCAAUGUUAUAAAAAUAUAGUAAUAAGUACCAGUGAGUAACUCGACGAUUAGAUGUAUGUUUCUCCUUGUUAUUUAUUAGAAACUAUCAUCAAAAUUCACUGAGAAUUUUAUACGCUUCUUCCGUUCAAAAUUGUCUGGCAAUUUUUUCAGUAAUAUAAGUACAUAGAUUGUAUUUCUUAAACAAUUAUAAUAGCGUUACGCAUAUAAUAGCUUCCAUUGCAAGCACAAAAGAAUUAAUUUGAUCUUCUCGAUCAAAUUUUUUUAAGCUUGUACACAUUUUAUCGACCGGACUGUAAUUGUCACGCAGUCUAAAUGCCAACGCUGUAGUAUUGAUUUAGUCGCGAUAGUGCUCAAAUCUUGUACAUUUAGAUGCAUUUUUAGGUUAAAGGAAGAACAUGUCAAUCUUUCGAUACAACGCACAGAUACCGUCUUAUGCUCACGAGAUAUUUUUUCGAGAUUCUAUUAGCCACGAUUUAUCCGACGUAAGAACAUAUCAUAAUAAUUAACGGAUAAAAUGCGGAACAUUAAGGAUGAAAAAAAGAAAAGAAAAAACAGAAACCAGAAAACACCAGAGAAAUGUUUGAUUAACAACCGCGUAACAACUUCGAAACGAUGUUUGUAUAAAAUUGCAGAAAUGAUCUUGCAUAUUGUUAUAUAGUUGCGCUUUAAUAUCGAAACAAAGAGCUUUUAUUUAUCAUAAAGAAGUUUCAUCGAUGUUCUCAUAGCUAUUAAAGGCACUUUUAUAGAGAUAAUUAAUAAUAAUAAUUUGUAUAAAUUGUAUUGUUUUAUAUGUAAUUACAAUGUUGUAAAUUUGUGCCAAGAGAUGCGAAAAGAUAAUUAAGAAGUAUAUAUAAUGGAUGAUUUCCUUUUCCUCGUUUAUAUUAUUUAGUUUAAGAAUUUAUCUUUAGUUUUGUGCCAAAUUCUCUGUUCGUACCUGUUCGUACCAAAAUGUCAAGAAUCGUCAUGUACACUUGUAUAUAUUUCAAGUGGUUAAACUUUCCACGAAGUAAAAAAAGCAAUUACAUUCAUUGUUUUACAUGCCGUACAAAAGAAUACAGAAGAGUUUGUAAAUUAUUAACGUUUUUCCAAAAGUCAAAGGAACACGAUAAUUUUAUUUACAGAAAGGCACAAAACAAAAAAAGAGGUCAGGAAAUAAUAUCAAGUUUUGUUUGUUAUCUUCAGACAAUCACUUUCAUUUCACGCAUAAAGAAGAAAUCAAAUUUAUAAUUUUGCAAAUUAAUUAUGUACAAAAGAUAUUCCAAGUUAAAUAUCCAUAAGAUUUCAAUGGCACACUUGUAAUAGAAAAUUAUCUUUUGUAAUUAUGAAUAUGUUUAUGCUUACUAUAAAAAGUUCUAUUUGAUCCUUUCUAGUCAUAUAGCACUUUUUAAAUGAUUUUUGAUCUUGAUUAACAUAUAUAAAAGAACUGUAUUUAGAGAGGGAGAAUGAAUUAAAACCAAUUUUUUUCAAAUAUACUAAUAAACAAAAUUUCUAAGGAUCGACAAUUAAAAAUUUAACAAUAACUAUAAUUAAAUAAUUACUUCACAGAUCUUUUGUAGAAAUAUGACUAGUAAGGAUUUUCAAAUUAAGAUAUAAAAUACUAAAUAAAAUUUCUGUUUAAUAUUUAUCCUCAAAUUUUUAACAAAUGUAAUUCUGUUGAACAUAAUUUUUUAAUAAUUUUUUUCAUUUCUGUUAAUUUAUCUCUAUUAUAUAUUGUAUUAUUAAAAAUAGAGCAAAUAAUUGUAUACCGUUGUAUAAAAAAAAAAGAAAGAAAUGCUAAAUUUUGGUAUACUCUUAGGAAAACACUAAAUUGCUGAAAAUAAAAAAAAUUUGAUUUAUCAUCAAUAAGAUUAAUAUGUAUGUAUAAUACUAAUUUUUCUUAUUCCGCUAUUUUUCAGCGGAACGAUCGUUAAUAUUUUCGAAAAUAAUGAAAGUUAUUUAAUAUGAUAGCGAAUACAGAGGUGAUAAUAAAUUUCUUUACACAAAA